UUCAUCGGACUUUUAUACAGACAGCAUAUACUAUCUUUAUACUGUCACAUUUGGUAGUAUUGGAUACAAUCAAACGAUAGUUUUAUCAAAGAUUAGAUAGUGCUUUGUUUUUAGUCAUUGAAGUAGACUAAGUGUAAAACUAAAUAAUUGUGUGCGUGUUUAAACACUAAGAAAGGAACAGUGACAGUUUUUAUAUGUUAAAUCAUUUGACGGUAUAAACUGGAUAGAAAGAAAGUUGGACAAAGAAUACAUUAAAUUCAUGGAUACUGGAACCGAGAGAAAUGUUAAUCCAUCCGCCGCGGAUGUAAAGCCUGGCUCAACUAUGAACCAGUCACAUGUUGAUUUCAGUAGAUUGUAUGGAGAUCUGUGCAGAAAACUUUUGAGUACACCAGUUGGCGAAAUAUUCCCAGAAGUUGCCAGAAGUACGACAAAUCAUGUGACUAGUGCGACAGGAAGUACGUCACCAAGCAGCAUUCACCCGGCAUUUCCUUCUUUCAGCACGAUGUCGCCUACUCAGUUGAGUUACCUCUCGAAUAUUUACAAUCCAAAUGGUCUUCUGAUGGCGCCAGUGGGUGUUCAGCUCGGAUUACCAACACAAGAAGCUUUGCGCAGCGAUCAUGUAAAUCAUCCACUAGGUGGCGCCACUGUAGGGAAAGGAAUCAGUGACGUCAUAAAUAAUCCGUCUUUAAGUCCUGGUAGUGAGGAGUCCAUUGAGAAUAUGGAAAGUAUAGAUGUCCAGAAAUUAGUGGACGAAUUUAGGUUGACGUUAGAACGUUAUGGCGUGUCACAGCGUUUUGCUGCACGUUUCAUAAUGCAAGACACCAGUCAAGGAAAUCUCAGCUUCCUGAUGGAAAAGGGGCGUAACAAAAAGUGGGAGGAGUUGUCUCCGCGUGGAAGGUUGCCUUAUAUCAAAAUGAAGGCGUGGUUAGGCAGUAAGGAACAUCAGAUGAUGACGUUAGAUAUGCUCAAACAUACACAAGAAUCAAGAAAGAAUAGCGCACGAGAAUCAUACAACAGACGAGAAAGAUUUACAAUGUUCCAGUUGAACGUGCUGUGUCGUCUGUUUGAAGAAAAUUCAAACCCACCAAUGAACAUUAGAAACUCGGUCGCUACGCGCUUAGGAAUUCCUCUAGAUAGAGUAAAUGUUUGGUUUCAGAAUCAACGCGCGCGUGGAUUUCCCGCUCGAAAAAUUUUACAGCAGACGAUAUAUGACAAUGGAAGCGACCCUUAUCUUGCGAUUGACGUAGAGAAUAUGAAAGAUAAGAUAAACGAAGCAAAUUUUAUUCCUCAAGCUCUACAAGGAAAUAUGGAUAGUCCUCCGCAUUGGAAAAAUGCGGAACAGGAAAGAAAUAAAAAGGCGUCAUUAAAAAUGUCAAGUAUUUCCGCAUCUUCGAUUCACACCGGCACGUUAGUAAAAUCGGAACCUGGUGACACAGCAUUUCCUUUGGACCUUUCUUCAACGUCAAAUCUUGAUACCAGCGGAAGGUCCGAGGCUUAUAGCCCCGAAACAGUACUACCGCAUACGGGAGAAAGAUACCUCGAUUCAAAACAGAACGAUGUUUUAAAUGAUUUCGAAAUGACAAGAACGUCUGCUAAUCAGUUCGCCAGUCAGAUAAACUAUAGCGCAAAAUCUGCUACUUCCGGCGCUGCCAAACGAAAACGAGGCGCAAAGCCACAACAGAUACUUUCAUUGUCUAAAAAUGAAAUAACAAAAGACACAAACUGUAACAGUACACAUGAAAAUAAACGAAGAAAGCUUUCAGACAUGUCUACACCGGAAUCAAAUUACACCUAUCUCUUGGACACAUCUGACAUUUUAAACGAAAAUCAACAUCCAAAUGGUGAUAUAUCACGUGACUAUGAUUAUGUAAUCAAAAGUGAAACAAGUCAAAAUGACGAAAUAACAAAACAAGGUCAAGUUAACGACGGAAGCUGUGCAAAGUUUCCCAAGCUUGAACAAAUGAUGUCCAGUGAAAAAACUCAAAAUAAAUUUGAGUCAGAUCAAAUUAAUACACAUAUACGCGGUACUUUGCCGGAAAUGGAAAAACAAGAGAAAGUGAACAGGAUAGACUUUAGUGUGUCUAAAACGGAAACAAUGUCCCCAAAGUCAGUUGAACUAUUCAAAGCGAUGUGUGCAAGUCUGGCAUUUACAGAAGGAAACAAAAAAGAAGUAGAUCUGAACGAACCUGAAUUAGAUUAA